UGCCUCCACACGUCGGGAGGGGAACCUGUACUGGUGGGGGGAGGACGUGUACGGCGCGUCAGACGUUACCCGGAUGCACCACACGUAAACAUGGAGCGGGUGGUGCUGGAGGUGCCGAUCAACAAUGGUUAUUCCCUUCCCUGCCCUUCAACAACUUCACGAAAGCGUCAGGUUCGUUUUUCCGCGCGACACGACAUCAUUCUUCUCCAGGAAGUUAUUUCCCAGAAUCCCUUUGCCUCCAAAGAGCCAGGGCGGAUCUGGGCCCGUGUCGGAGAGGUCAUCACCGCUGCCCUGCAGGAGGAGAACUUUGAGGUGGAUGCCAGGCGGUGCCGGGAGAGGACCAUGCUGCUGCUGGACUACUACAAGAAGCAAGACUUCCCCAGCCUGCGCAGGUUUGGCACGGACAGGCUGUACGCCCAAAAGGAGGAUUUGCUCUAUGAGGUUUUAGAGCUGGAGGCUGAAAAGGGGCUUCUGGCCAGCGGAGAAGUUAUGAAGUACCAGACUGAUGAAGAGACGAAUAGAAACAUAGAGGAAUUCAGCCUGCAGGAACAGGAAAAACCCAACAUCACCCAACAUCAUCAGAACAACAUCACGAUCACUCAAAUACCCGCUACAGAACCAAAAGAGGAGCAUGUGGAAAUGGUGGCGAUCUCAGAAGCUCCCACAGCCAAGCGGCCGUGCCAGUGCUGCUGCCAGACCUACUCCGAGAUUCUCAGCUUCCUGGAGAAACGUGCCGACGCCGAGCAGCGGAUUCGCGAGGAGGAGCUCUCCUUACGCCGGGAAGAGCUGGAAAUUCAGAGGAGUAAGAUCGCUCUGGAGCGAGAGCGUCUGGGCAUCGAGAGGAAGGAGAGGGAGCGCCGGUUCGAGCUCGAGAGCCAAGAGCGGCAGGUCAUCCUGGACCUGUUGAAAGAGAAGGUGCUGAAGGCCUGACGAAGAAAAAAAAAUUAAAAAAACUCUGCCACCUUCAUUUUACUGGCAUCUUCGACAGUGUGAGUGUUUCAGGCACUGGCGAUGGCAGAGCUGACCGCUGAAAAGAGGAAGACAAGCAAGAAAACUGGAACCGAAACAGUCAAAGAGAGGAACAGCGGCUUCAUAUUCAAGACUGGAUUAGCAAAGUAUUGCCUUUGUUGGAUAUAGUUAAAUAGAUAAGUAAUAUUCUAACUGCUCUACACUGGUUGGUCUGAAAAGUAGCAGGAAGUGAAGAAAGUGUACAGAUGUCUUUGGUUUUUGCUCACCUGUGUAAAUAAAGUCCCACAGUCCAGUCGGAUGUAACAGCUGAGCAACAGAAGUCUUGUUUGGUAAGGUGACGGAUCCGAGUCGCUUCACUUGAGUUUAAUGUAGAUGAUAACCUGUCAGAAUUCCUUCACGUGACUCCAAGAAUGAACCUUGAGAAAUACGAUC